AUGACAUCGCAGCUGAAAUCAGACCCAGAUAUUGCAAAGAGAAAACCAAAGAUCCUCUGGUACUCAGUCGCUCCACAGGAAACAUCUAAAGAUGUUGCCAUCACGAAAGCCAAAGUGGAUUUCUCCGGUGUGGUGUGCCUGCCCCCUUCCGUCAUUGCUGGAAAUGGGCUGGACGGAGGAGGGGCUGGCGAAAAUGAUGAUGAGCCGGUGCUGGUGUCACUUUCGGCGGCCCCCAGCCCUCAGAGCGAAGCUGUUGCCAAUGAGCUGCAGGAGCUCUCCUUGCAGCCCGAGCUGACCCUCAACCUCCAUCAUGGCCGAAACCCCAACCUUCCUCCACUCAGUGAAAGGAAGAAUGUGCUGCAGUUGAAGCUCCAGCAGCGACGCACAAGGGAGGAGCUGGUGAGCCAAGGGAUCAUGCCGCCUCUGAAAAGUCCAGCUGCAUUUCAUGAACAAAGAAGGAGUUUGGAACGGGCCAGGACAGAGGACUAUCUGAAACGGAAAAUCCGGUCCCGGCCAGAGAGAUCAGAGCUGGUUAGGAUGCACAUUCUGGAAGAGACCUCAGCUGAACCCUCCUUGCAGGCUAAGCAGCUGAAGCUAAAGAGAGCCAGACUGGCAGAUGACCUCAAUGAGAAGAUAGCGCAGAGGCCGGGUCCCAUGGAGCUGGUGGAGAAGAACAUCUUGCCUGUGGAAUCGAGCCUGAAGGAAGCCAUUAUCGUUGGACAGGUGAACUACCCAAAGGUUGCAGACAAUUCCUCCUUUGAUGAGGACAGCAGUGAUGCCCUCUCCCCAGAACAGCCAGCCAGCCAUGAGUCCCAGGGGUCUGUCCCAUCGCCGAUGGACUCCCGGAUUUGUGAGCCUCUCCCUAGCACCACUGGCACGUCACUAGCUCAGGGUACAUCCCAAUUGCAGAUCAGCGCAGAUUCCAGUGAAACACUUUUCCUAGCUGAACAGCCACCCCCGCCUCUGCCACCUCCACCUCUUCUGCCUCCCAGUCUUACCAAUGGAGCAGCUCUUACUGCUGCCAAGCCCCCACCAACACUCAUUAAGCAAAGCCAGCCCAAGUCUGCUAGCGAGAAGUCUCAGCGCAGUAAAAAAGCCAAGGAGUUGAAGCCGAAAGUCAAGAAACUUAAAUAUCAUCAGUAUAUUCCCCCGGACCAAAAGCAGGACAAGGGAGCUCCUCCCAUGGAUUCAUCCUAUGCCAAAAUACUGCAGCAGCAGCAGCUCUUUCUCCAGCUUCAGAUCCUCAACCAGCAGCAGCAGCACUACAACUACCAGACCAUCCUGCCAGCCCCACCGAAGCCUCCAGGAGAGCAGCAGAGUGGUGCCGGUGCCCCUGCCGUACGCAGUCUCUCUGCCACAGUCAGCAGCACAUCUUCAGUAUCCUCUGGUCCCAGCGGGCUGAUGCGACAAAACAGUAACGCUGCAGUGGGCAAGCCUGGCCCUCUCCCUGCCAACCUCGAUGAGAUGAAGGUAGCAGAGCUGAAGCAAGAGCUGAAAUUGAGGGCCUUGCCUGUCUCAGGCACAAAGACGGACCUGAUCGAGCGUCUCAGAGCUUACCAAGAGCAGAAUGGUGCAGCCGGCCAAACGACUCCCACUCCCAAGCCCAGCACAGCAGCCGUCCUCCCAAAAGCUGCCGAAGUGGUGGUGGCCUUCCCAGCUGCCAGGCUGAGCACCGGGCCAGCCCUGGUCACCACUGGCAUUGCACCAGCAGAAGUGGUUGUGGCCACAGUCACCGGUGGCAGCGUGAUGAAGUUCGGCAGUACAGGCUCGACUCCUCCCGUUUCUCCAACUCCUUCUGAGCGCUCGCAGAUGAGCACAGGGGACGAGAACUCGGCCACCGGAGACACCUUUGGAGAGAUGGUGACUUCACCCCUGACCCAGCUCACCUUGCAGGCAUCUCCAGUGCAGUUCCUGGUGAAGGAAGAAAGCUCCAAGUCAGCCUCCUGCAGCGUAAAUGUGGCGCCCAGGGCGGAGCGGUGUAGCGCCGGUAACAGCAGAGAUGCAGAAGUUAGGGACAAAGAUCAGAUGCUGCAGGAGAAGGACAAGCAGAUCGAGGAACUCACCCGCAUGCUGAAGCAGAAGCAGCAGCUGGUUGAGAUGCUUAGACUACAGCUAGAGCAGGAGAAGCGCUCUCAGCAGUCACUACCGGCCUCAGCGGCUGCGAGAGACGGAGCAGCCCUUGCCUCCAACCCAGUAGCAUUUGGCGUCCAGGUCAAGAGUGAAAACGGUUUCCUGAGUUGCCAGUCUGCAAAGCAAUCCAGUGGCCAAACAGACCAAUUCAGCCCUGCACCAACCGCUAGCCAAAUGGACACUUCGAAUCCAAGCCCAGUGCCAAAGAAAGCCGUGACGGUGAAGCAGGAGGUGCCAGCCGCGGAAGCAGAGCCGCCGUGCCAGUCCCACAGCCCGCGGCUUUUCCUUGGCCAGCAAGGGAGCGCCCUGAGCGACCUCAUCAAGGGCACCCCUCCCCCCACCCUCAUCACCGACUCCACAGGGACCCACAUCGUCCUCACCGUGACCAAGCCGAGCGCCGAGAGGCAGGGCCUCUCGCCCCACGGGAAGGCAGGGGGUAGCUGCCCGCCCUUGCAGAGAGUACAAUCAUCGCCUGCUAAAACUUCCAGCCAACCGCCGUGUCAGCUACCUGCAAGCACCCCUCAGCAGCCCACACAGCAGCAGAAGCAGCAGCCCGUGCAGCAGCAGCAGAAGCAGCAGCAGCAGCCCCUGCAGCAGCAGCAGCAGCAGCCCAGAGGACGAAACCAAUCUGUCAGAAAGCCCUCAUCGCAGCCCAGCUCUCCUGCUGCCCCUUCCCCAUCCCAGAUGGACCUGGAGCAGCAACAGCACGCGUCGCUUUUUGGAACUCCUCCACCUCCUCUCCCUGUUCCCUCGGCCCCAGUGAAAGAGCCACCAGGCUACGAAGAGGCCAUGAAGCAACAGCCAAAGGCCCAGGAGAACGGCUGUUCCAGCCAGCAGAUGGACGACCUGUUUGACAUUCUCAUCGAAAGUGGAGAGAUUUCUGCUGACUUCAAGGAUCAGUCGUCCCCAGCUGGGAAAGAACCACCGGCGGCCCCGGCCUGCUCCCCGCCGCCCAGCAGCCACCAUUCCUCAGAGCUGGGGGUGCCGGUGUCCUUGGGGCAGCCGGUGCCCGUGGGCCGGCUGGAGGACUUCCUGGAGAGCAGCACCGGCCUCCCGCUGCUGACGGCAGGCCACGAUGGGCCGGAGCCCCUGUCCCUGAUCGACGACCUCCACAGUGAGAUGCUGAGCAGCUCGGCCAUCCUGGACCACCCGCCUUCACCUAUGGACACCUCGGAAUUGCACUUUGCUCACGAGCCGUCCGGGGGCAUCGCCCUGGAUCUGGCUGAGGCUAACUUGGACAGCAUGGACUGGCUGGAGCUGCCGGGGGGGCCCGUCAUGAGCCUGGCUCCCCUCAGCACUGCGGCUCCCAGCCUCUUUUCCACAGACUUCCUUGAUGGACACGAUCUGCAGCUGCACUGGGAUUCUUGCUUGUAACUCUGUGAGCAGAGACUGAAGGGAAUGGGAGCAGGAGGGCACGGGCAUGCAGGGGGAGGAGGCCAGUCAACUGAAAAACAAACAAACAAACAAAAAAAAACAAACCAGAAACAUCCCGCUUCCCCCCCACCCCCCCCCCAAAAAAAAAAUAGGAAAGAAAGAAACAUGCUCCUGGUAUUUGUGCUCCUCCCCCACCAGUGUCCUUCCUGCACAAAGCCGGCAGCGAGUCACGGCUGCCUGGGCAGCGGGGCCGGGCCGGGGCAGGGAGAACAGCUGGGGGGGGGGGGGAUGAAGAGGAGAAGAGGCCGCAGGAGCUCGGGGGGGCUGGUGGCCUCCUGCCCCCUCCGUGCAGCCUGACCCAGCCUGGGCGAGGACGGAGCCGGCAGCCCCUCUCCCUCCAGGCAGGAGCGGCGAGGGGCACGCGUUCCCUCCCCCACGCCUCGCGGCAGGACAGAGCGCGAGUGGGCCCGAGGCGAUUCCAGAAGCGGCACCCCUGUGCCUUGCUGGGAUCGGUGAAUAAAAAGGGGCUGUGUCGGUUUAACGGUUGCAGAAGGGGAUUCUACCUCCUGAGCGGGACACACGAGGCGGGAGCGCUGGCUGGGCGCCCGGACCUGCUGCCCCCCCCCCGCGCCACCUGCCCUCUGUCAGGGGAGGGCCUGAUCUGCCGCGGGGCUGCGAGGAGCGGGGCAGAACGGGCACCUUUUCCAAAUGUAGCCAAAGGGAAUCAGGGUUCCUCACCAACCUGGUAAUGUCUAAGCUGGUUUCCCAAAUAUUGCUGAGCUCGGCCGAGGGCUGCCUGCUUGCUUCACUCGCUUUGGGCUGCAAAACAGACUUUUUUAAGGUGCUAAAAUCCAGGUCUUGUUAUACCUGUCCUUCGCUGCCCCAGACCCGGGGCUGUGCCUGGCUGUUAGCCUUCAGGCACAGCCCCUGCUCCCCCCAGCGCUUGCGACACCCCCAGGCGAGCAGGGCGGUCAGCCUGGGGUGGGGGUUUGGGCCAAGAAAGCCUCUGGGUGUCCAGGGGCGCGUGCGAGGGGCACGGCUAGCAAGGGGCAACAUAUCAUUAGGGGCCAUGUGCAAUCUGUGUCCUGCCUUCAGCCGCACAGCACGGCUCCUAUGCGACCCUUUCUCUGAGGGCCCCUUUCUGGGGAGAAGCGGGAGCCUGAAAGCAAGUAAUGGGCAGCUGAGCUCUGCUCUUCCCUCCCGGCCCACGGGGCAAAAGGCGAAAGCUGACGGCUGCGUCCUGCGGCCCACCCCCCAGAGCCAUGGCCGUGCUCCUCCUUGUGCGGGGGUUUUUGCAGUGGAAACCCAGACCCGGGGCUCGCCCUCGCGCCGUUAGGCCUGUCGCUUUUAAAUCCCCGCAUUUGUCGGCUGUGAGCUCCCUGCCUGAUUGACCAGGUGAGCCACAGCCCAGCCCCAGGCGGCUGCCUGGCUGCCCAGCUCCCCCUGCUCCGGAGCUGAGCUGGGCUUUGGGGUCGGGCUGAGGGCGGUGGGGCCGGGCAGGGCUGGAGGCAGCGGCUCCAUACGGCCGAGGGCGCUGACCCCGCUCGGGCAGCGGAAGGACAAACUGCCAGCCUUUUUAGUAGCUCCUCGUGGAGGCUGUCCCCACCUUGCCCCCCCUCCCCGUGCCGGGCUGCAGUGCUGCCUGUCGGGGAGGGGGGGGCACAUGCUGCUCCCCUGCCCCUUUGGUACCUGGUGCUGGUCUCAGGGGGAGGCCUUGCCGCAGGGGUGCGGGUAACACACAACGUGCUCUCUGGCAGCCACCAAACUGGCAGCCUUGAGGGGGUGGGGAGGGGGGGGGGUCACGCCUGUUUUGCAGCUGGGAGAGACUCCUGCUUUCCUGAGCCCUAUUUGCUUCUUAACUGUAUGGGGAGCCACUUUCUUAAUCGUUUGCAGGGGGAGCCUGCUGGCAGCUUCCUUCCUUUCUGCCCCCAUCUCUCCCCUCUCAGUUGUAAGCAAGUCAGAGCCGCUUAUCUGCCUCCCUCAGUGUCCGGGUUGGAGAGGACACCUUCCCCCCCCACCCCGCCCUGCUUUCUGUUGCCCAAGCUACACUGUCAUGUCCUAAAAAUCAGAGUAACUGGGCCCGGUGGACACCCCUUUCAUGCCCCCCCCGAGCCCGCCCUCAAGUCUCUCCUGGUGCAGCCCCGGUGCUCACGGGGAGCAGCGAGUGCAUUAGCAAUUGCCUCACAGAGCUCCCCCCCAGGGCAGCUGCCCAGCCGUGGGACCAGGUGGGCACAGGAGGCGAGGGGUUUCUUAGGGGAAAAGUUUGGGGGGGUGUGUGGGAGGAUCUUUCAAAUGCUAAGGGGAAAAAGUGAGGCUGCCUAUUGGUCAAACUCAAGCAAAAUCUCAGCUUUUUUUUAGCCCACAGUGAGCAGCAGUCUCCACAAAAACGAGCUGUGUGAUUUCUUUUGUACCAAUAAUUACAAAGCUGCAACCAGUAAAUAAAGAAAUUAUCAAAGUGCAAUGAGCUCCUAGAAGGUGGGAGCACUCUCCCUGCAGUCCUGGCCUGACCCAGUCGUGGUUCCUCACGCUGGGCCAGGCCCCCCCAGUCGUCGUUGGCAGAGACCCCAGUGCCUGUUACUGAUCCAGCCCUUCCCUGGGGUUGAUGGUGAAAGGCCGAGCUCCCAGCUGCUCCCUUUCACCUUUACCCACCCACCUUCAUUUGUGAAACGUUGUAGGUGUUUAAUUACAUUAAAUUUGCUCAAGGUACUUGAAAUUGGCUGAUGGGCUUGAGAGCUCUCAAGGAGCCCAGAUGAUACAGAAUCAUGAGCCUCACCUGAGGAACCCAGCUAACCUGCCCCAGCCCUGCGGCACAAGGGGCUUCUGCCAGGAGAGAGGGGGGUAACCCUGUGCCCGGGGGCGGAGGGGAAGAUGGUGCCUCAUCCCAGGAAACAGUAGAAAGUCUUUUCCCCAAGCAGUGUCCAGAGCAGGCGAGCCCGGUUCUCUGCUUUCUUUACUAUUAUUUGUUUGAAUAAUAGUUCAAUAGUUCUUUGUCGGAGGAGGUAUUUCCCUGGACAUGCAUUUUUGCACCCAUUGGGAAAAACAAAGUCUGAUGUUCUGCCUCUACCUUGAAUGUAAUCCUGAAUCUUUCUGCUGUAACCACUACUUGUUUGUAAUGUGUAUUUGACUAGCACGCACUCUCCCUUCCACUAUGCAGCAAACGGCGAGGGGUGAUCAGCACCAUCAGAGACGGAUGGUGUUGGGGCAUCGGAUCCAGAGCAAGUAUUCAACUGGAAAAGGAUAAAAGUGACAAGUUAAUGGGGGAGAGAAGGGAUCUUUAAAUUGAAUUAUUUUUUCAGUUACAAAUAUUUGG